GGGGUUAGUUUUCGCCGUUUUCAGCCGCCUUCGAUAUUGUGAUUAAAUUUUGUUCGUUCUGUCUCCGACCUCCGUUGUUUAUACGUUUAAGUUAGCUCUUCACUCUGUUUAAUCUAUAAAUCGUAAUUCUACCUACCAUUAAAAAUUAUUUUUAUUUAUGAGGUUUUACAUCAUAAGGGUAAACAACAUUUGUAGUUUCUUUAAUUUAUUUCUACGCUUACUCACUUAAAUACAGUAUUUUGACUAUAUUCAGUUAUUCGUUGGUAUCGCAAAAACGUAACGGAAAACCCGAGUUUUCGAACAGAAAAAUGAGCGAAGAAGAACAACUUCCAACCGGAUGGGAGAAGCGAGUUAGCCGGUCUACCGGUCAAACUUAUUACUUGAACUUAUUAACUAAAGAAAGCCAAUGGUCUGUACCAACAAAACCAGCAUCUGAAAAUACAGGCUCGACAAAUUCUGGUCCGGAACAAGUACAGUGUAGUCAUUUAUUGGUUAAACAUGAAAAAUCACGCCGACCCUCAUCGUGGCGGGAAGAACGUAUUACUAGAUCAAAAUCUGAAGCAAUUGACAUUAUAAAAUCUUAUCGCGAACAAAUUGUUUCUGGAAAAGCAUCAUUUGCUGAACUUGCUCAGAAAUAUUCAGAUUGUAGUUCUGCCAAACGUGGUGGUGAUUUGGGACCAUUUACUAGAGGCACAAUGCAAAAGCCAUUUGAAGAUGCAUCAUUUGCAUUGAAAAUUGGAGAGCUCAGCGAACCUAUCCAUACUGAUUCUGGUGUACACAUAAUUUUACGUACAGCUUAGGUCAACUUAAUUAACUGUUUUCUUUUAUAAUUCAAAUUUCGCCUUUUCUAAUUUAUUGUUUAUUUCUGAGAUAUAAUAAUAUAUAUUGGUCGCCUUAUUUAAUACUGA